ACGUAAAACCUGACUUAGAUUAACAAAUAAUAUCAAAUUAUCAAUAGAUUUUUCAUAAAUUAUCAUGCGUUAAUGUGUCGAAAAUUAUUUUAUGCACUUGAUAACUUAGUUUGGUACAAUAAAAUUAAUUAAUUAAUAAAACUUAAAAAAAAUGGAAACAUUUAUCACUUCUAGUGAUACUCGUAACUGACCCUCUUCUCUCCAUCACUCUCCCUCCCUCAUUCCAGAAACUUCCUCUUCAAUGGUUAACACCAUUGCAAUUGAGCUUGUGCUUGAGAAAAGUGUUAUAUGAAGAGGCUUGUUUUGGCACAUGGAAUUUUGCCAAUUUUUUAACAAAGCUGUGGGCUGAGGAUUUUAUAACUUGAUAUUUUAAUUUAGAGAGAUGGCUGCAGCUAGCAAGGCGGAUACGAAAGCUGCAGUUGACGCGGCUGCUUGGAUGUUCAAUGUUGUUACUUCGGUGGGAGUUAUUAUUGUUAACAAGGCGUUGAUGGCUACCUAUGGGUUUAGUUUUGCAACAACCUUGACUGGGUUGCAUUUUGUUGCCACUACUUUGAUGACGAUCGUUCUUCGCUGGCUUGGAUUUAUACAACCUUCCCAUUUACCUCUGUUGGAGCUGUUGAAAUUUGUCUUAUUUGCUAACUUUUCAAUUGUUGGCAUGAAUGUUAGUCUUAUGUGGAAUUCAGUAGGUUUUUAUCAGAUAGCAAAGUUGAGCAUGAUUCCUGUACUGUGCUUUUUUGAGAUCGUGUUUGAUAGCAUGCGAUAUUCCAGAGACACCAAGCUCAGCAUUGGGCUCGUGCUGAUAGGUGUUGGUGUCUGUACUGUUACUGACGUGAGUGUAAAUAUGAAAGGUUUUGUAGCAGCAUCAAUUGCAGUGUGGAGUACUGCUCUGCAGCAAUAUUAUGUGCAUUUUCUCCAAAAGAAGUAUUCACUCAGUUCAUUCAACCUCUUGGGCCACACUGCACCAGCGCAGGCUGGAACCCUGCUUCUACUGGGUCCGUUCCUGGAUUACUGGCUGACAGAUAAGAGAAUUGAUGCAUUCAACUAUACUACACCAUCUGUGGUGUUAAUUAUUCUUUCAUGCAUAAUUGCAAUUGGAACAAACCUGAGCCAGUUUAUCUGCAUCGGUAGAUUCACAGCUGUGUCCUUCCAAGUACUUGGCCAUAUGAAGACAAUCCUUGUUCUAAUUCUAGGGUUUGUCUUUUUCGGGAAAGAAGGUCUGAAAUUACAGGUGGUAGUAGGUAUGAUGAUAGCUGUAUUAGGGAUGAUCUGGUAUGGAAAUGCCUCAUCAAAGCCCGGUGGAAAAGAGCGUCGGAGCCAUACAACGCCCAAGCAAAGACAUGGACAAGAUUCCACAGAUGAUGAAAAAGUCUAGUAAAAAGUUCUAUUUAUACAAAGCCUCGACCAUCAUCAAGUACAUAGGAUGAGUGAGAUUUCCGGUUGCUUUAGAAAUUUAGAUUUCUGAGGAAAAAUAUUUGUCAAUUAUUAAUUUUUAUUCUUUAAUAGGCUCAUUUAUUUUUACUUUCAUUUGAAGGAAGUCUUUCUUCUCAGAUCAGGUUUGAUCCCUUAUACAAAUUACGAAGUACCAAACUUUAGGUUUGUUAUGAUCUAUGACAUUUUGUAGUCAGCUUCUCUAUUUUUUUCCCCUCCAUAUUUCUGGGGAUUCCA